GCGGCAGGCACCUCCCUGCGGAGCCGCUGGUCCCGCAGGCGGGGAUGUGACCGCGGGCCCGGCCGGCCUGCCCCGGGCGUCGCCUCAGCUCCCGCGCCAGUGCCCUCCGUCCACACCGAUGGCGGGAUCCGGCUGCGCGUGGGGCGCGGAGCCGCCGCGGUUUCUGGAAGCCUUCGGGCGGCUGUGGCAGGUACAGAGCCGCCUGGGGAGCGGCUCCUCGGCCUCGGUGUACCGGGUGCGCUGCUGCGGCACUCCCGGAUCGCCCCCCGGCGCCCUCAAGCAGUUCUUGCCGCCGGGAACCACGGGCGCUGCGGCCUCGGCCGCGGAGUAUGGCUUCCGCAAAGAGAGGGCGGCGCUGGAGCAGUUGCAGGGUCACAGGAACAUCGUGACUUUGUAUGGAGUCUUUACAAUCCACUUCUCUCCAAAUGUGCCAUCACGCUGUCUGUUGCUUGAACUCCUGGAUGUCAGUGUAUCGGAAUUGCUUUUAUAUUCCAGUCAUCAGGGUUGUUCCAUGUGGAUGAUACAGCAUUGUGCCCGGGAUGUUCUGGAGGCCCUUGCUUUUCUUCACCAUGAGGGUUAUGUCCAUGCAGACCUCAAACCACGUAACAUAUUGUGGAGUGCAGAGAAUGAAUGUUUUAAACUCAUUGACUUUGGGCUUAGCUUCAAAGAAGGCAAUCAGGAUGUGAAGUAUAUUCAGACAGACGGGUAUCGGGCUCCAGAAGCAGAACUGCAGAAUUGCUUGGCCCAGGCUGGCCUGCAGAGUGAUACAGAAUGUACCUCAGCUGUCGAUCUUUGGAGCCUAGGAAUCAUUUUACUGGAAAUGUUCUCAGGAAUGAAACUGAAACAUACAGUCAGAUCUCAGGAAUGGAAGGCAAACAGUUCUGCUAUUAUUGAUCACAUAUUUGCCAGUAAAGCAGUGGUGAAUGCCGCAAUCCCAGCCUAUCACCUAAGAGACCUUAUCAAAAGCAUGCUUCAUGAUGAUCCAAGCAGAAGGAUUCCUGCUGAAAUGGCAUUAUGCAGCCCAUUCUUUAGCAUUCCUUUUGCCCCUCAUAUUGAAGACCUGGUGAUGCUUCCUACUCCAGUGCUAAGACUACUGAACGUGCUGGAUGACGAUUACCUGGAGAACGAAGAGGAAUAUGAAGAUGUUGUAGAGGAUGUAAAAGAGGAGUGUCAAAAAUAUGGACCAGUGGUAUCUCUCCUUGUUCCAAAGGAAAAUCCUGGCAGAGGACAAGUCUUUGUUGAGUAUGCAAAUGCUGGUGAUUCCAAAGCUGCUCAGAAAUUACUGACUGGAAGGAUGUUUGAUGGGAAGUUUGUUGUGGCUACAUUCUACCCGCUGAGUGCCUACAAGAGGGGAUAUCUGUAUCAAACUUUGCUUUAAUCAGUAACCUGAGGACUCUUCCCUGUUUCUCCUCUAUUUCCUGGGUUAUUGUAUUCUAUAUCUGAAUGCAGAAGUACCCCCUUACCAUUUUAAGGGAAUACUUUGUACAUUUAUUUAAUCCUACUAAUGUGCAGUUGAGCAAUGGCUGCAUUGCAAACAUUCGGCACCAAGUAGGACAAGACCUCUCAGCUAUACCUUGAGGGGUUUUAGAGCAUCCACACGGGCAACCUUUUUUUUGUGCAGUAGGGCAAGUGCUGCUCUUCAGUGUGUAACCUAAAAGGAUAUUAAUUAUUUCAUGUGAUCAUGAAGCAAGGAUGAGUAAUAUCAUGUCAUAGUGAAUAUUAACCAAUUUGGUAAGAGUCGGUGACGGCCGUCACGGAUUGUUCCUUUACACUGUUGGGCGGUUCUUCCUCAUCCCAGAUCUUCACAGCUGGCUCUGGACGCUCCCAGUCAUUGUUAAGUAACCGUCAAGCAGCGAUGACCUACUGUGUUCUUCACACUGAGUUAUGAAUUUUUUUAAAGGAGUACUGUAGUACUGAAUAUUCCUUUAAAGAAACUGCAGUGAGCCUAUCUCCUUUUUUUUUUUUUUUAAAUUAAGGCUUUUCAAAUAGAAAGCUGAUGCUUGAUCUUGCACAAUUUUUAUGUCUAGUACGUAUGCUUGAGUGAGUGUGCAGAUAUGAGAGAUUAGAGAAGAUCUGAGUCUGUGUGCUUUAUAGUGUGAAUCUUGUGAGCUAAUGCAGUCUCCACCUCUCUCUUCACUAGCUGUUUCGUAUCUGUCAGAUUUAGGAUGUAUGUUUGAGAGUUGGUGUGUCUGAUAGAAUGUAAAUGAGAAAUAGAUCAUUCCUGAGAGGCUCAGAACAAAUGAGUCUAGACUGAGUUACACUGAAACUCUCUUAAAGUGAUUGGAACAAAGCAAAAGGUUGCCCCGUCCUUUACUCUCUCUGAGACCCUGUGUCAGCUCUUUUUUGUACCGAACCUCCCAUGAUCACUGUAAGAUUUCUCAAGAUAGAGUUCUGCCUACAAUGAAGGAAGUUGAAAUGGCCAAAAAGCAAGAUGUUCAGUGAAGGGAAAAGAAAAAAAUGGGCAAAGAGAAAGUGAAUAGUCCAGGAUACGUUGUUUUUUCCUUCUUUCCUCUCGCUGUCCUCCCCUUUCCUCCACGGCGUCUCGUCUCUGUGGCUGAAGAGAAGCUACUCGGAAAGUACUGGGACUUCUGGCUGCAGGGAGGUUAAGGAAAGUGUAGCUCUAAUAAGAUGGAAGUAGAAAGGAAGAAAAACUCAGAAUUCUUAGAAGGAUUCACAGCAAUCUGCUGUGUCCCUGAGCCCAGGAUGCUGGUGUGUGUGAGUUCGUGAACAUGGGUUGAUGACAUGGUUUUAGGAAUUGUAAUUAUGGAUUCUUCCCACUUCAUGUAGAUUGACUUCAAAGGUUUAAAACUUAGGAAACCUUUGUAAAGCACUGAUUAUACAAAAAAAUAAGUUGUAAACAGGUUAUGAAUUCUUUUUUAUUUCCUUAUCUAAAUGAAAGCUCUCUUUUUUUUUUUUUUUUUUUCCCCCUAAGGAAAAAGCCUUUUAUACCUUUCCCUGUUGGAAGCCUCCUCAUAGAGUCUUUCUUUGAAAUGUGUGCCACGCACGUUGUUGAGAGCCCAAGUAGGAAUUUACAUUUCAGAGGAUGAAUUAUCUUACCCUUUUCAGACAAUUACUGACAGUUGAGUUAUUUACAGUUAUAUCAUUCAGGAUUCUCCCUUAUUAUUUAUUAUGAAGCCAGAUUUGGUGUAAGGAGGCUGAUUUAUGAGUUGCCAGAAGGCCUUGUGGCGCGGUCCCCAAGGGAAAGUUGUGUCUAGGAUGUGCCCUUAGGAGGAAGAACUGUUAGUUCUUGUUUUGGCCCUCUCUGAAGUUGAUUAGCCGGUAUGUGUUCAAAUAACAAUUCAAGAGAGGAUAACCAGUGCUCCGGAGACCUAAGCUUUCUUAAAACAUCAAUGUUUGUAGGGGUGACAGCUCCCAGGGUGAUUAGAAACACCAGGUUCUUGCGUGUAUACGGAUGAACACAGAGCACGAGCGAGUUCUCCUCCAGGGCAGGUAUUCUAGGCGCGCACGUGUCCCUCCCUCAUUCCCCCUCGCACCCCUACAAAGAGAAGACCCUGGCAGAUGAGCUGCAGGUAGGCUUCUGAGCUUAGGGAUGCAGUGUGCUGCUAACAUCUUGACGCUGAAUUUCACAGCAUUCUUUGUCUUCUUCUUGGCUGUUGUAGUCACACCUGUAUGUAGUGUUUCACACUGUAGAGUUGUAUUACAGAAGAUGCUAACUAGAUUUUAAGAGAACUAAGGGACUAACUGAUGAGCCUAAGUAACCAUGCAUUGAAUUCAGAAUUUUAUAUUAAAGCCACAGAAUUGAAACAAGAUGCCUCCUGUGAUUUAAAUGGUGAUCUUACAGCUUCUAGCCCAUGACCACCAAAGAAGACAUUUGCAGAUCCUCCCCCGCUCCUCUGAUACUACGCGAAGUUUAACCUUAGUUUCUCAAACCUGAGCCAAAUAUUAUCAGAAGAUGUAAUUUUUAUGAUACCUUUAGGGUGAAAUAGAUACACAGAGAUUUUAAUUCCUUAAUUACUAAAACUUAGGAAUUUUCUUUUUGAGAGGCAGGGGAAAGAGGCGAGGGUUUUUGUCACUUAAACCUUACUCUUUGGGACAAAUUUUAUCUCAGGUAGUUUUUCUUUCCCUCAGUUAACAUCUGUGCUUCCUUCCCUCUUGCCUUUCCAGUUUCUCAUUAUUCCAUGGUUUCGUCCUGGUACAUUUUUUGGCCCAGGAAACACCUAUAAAUUGGUUAUUCUAUAGGAAAUCUUGGGUUCUUGGGAAACAUCCAGAGGAGGUGACUAGCUAGCCACUUUCCAAACUCGGAUGCCCUAUUUCGAGGAGAGCAAGUCGAGUUGGACACCUCAGUAAAAGAAAGCAGCAACUCCAAGCAACUGUUGGCUGCAUUUUAAAGGGACAAUAAAACAGUCACCGUCUGGCAGUAAGAGAUUGCACUUACUACCACUGGGUGUCUUCCUUUGGCUUGUGGCCAUCGGUACCGCAGCUCUUUGGGGAAAUUCCCUCCCUGCUAUGCCUUGAGCCCAAACUGGCUGCUUUUAGAACAAAACCAUAAAUGCAGUUUUACUUGUCCUUUCAUUUGUUUUCAUUGAGACAAGGAUUGCCUUCUUUUCGGUACUUCAGCUGCUAAAGCAUGCUGAGAUACGUUAAAUUAACCUUUAAAAAAAAAAAUCCUUGAAUUCUUAUUUAACUUGCCUUCUACAUUAUAUUUUAGUCUCUGAGCACAUUUGUGAUCAGAAAUGCUGCCAGAAACAGGGCUGCCAUGGAGAGGAAGUUGAAGAGAGACUCUGAGCAUAAGGUGUGUUUCUAUUUUAAUGCCCCGGGCUUUCACCCUGCUGAGGGCAUCAGUUUCCCUGCUGGAAUAAAUGCCCGCCCGAGGUUGAGCGCUCACAUCUCCCAGCCCCUUUGCGUUUGUUCAUCCGGUGCAGGGAACACUCUUCCAUCAUUUUCUUCUUAGGUCUUACGUCCCGACUUGAUCAUUUCUGCUAUCAGUUUGACUCGGCAGCAUGACAUUUCAGUUUUUGUCAUUUAAUAAAAAUCAGCACCAUAGUAACCGAUGGUGAUUAUAAUAUCAUAGUUACUGGGUGAGGCUGUGGGGGAGACACUCAGUAACUGUGUGUUUCACUGAGAGCUUUGUGCAAGGGGACAUGCUAGCUGGUACCGUUCAGGUUAGGGUACAGAGGGCAUCGUGUCAUGACGAAAUUUUAGUCUGGUGGCUGUGGAGAGAGUCAAAGAUUUAAGCAAGUGCCUUGUGUUUCCUGGAAAAUAUUAAAACUCAUUUGGGUGGAAGCUCCCAGAUGAUAAUUUAUUGCACCCCUGCCUUUUCCUUGGGAUAACUUUUGGAUUAAGUCACAUAGUAUAAAAGUCCAAAAUUUCCUUUGUUUCCCUUUAUUUUGUAUGUGUGAAACUAUUCAUAUUUGAUUCCCCCUCCCCCGCCCCAAUAUUACAUAUGAUGGAAAGCCAGAGUUAUCUGGCAGAAUCUAAUUCUUCCUGGGGUCUAGUUCCAUUUUCAGUACUAGGUUCCUUCUUCCAAUCUUACUACUCUGGCUCUCUGAUAGAAUUUGUUUAUUUCUUGGCAGAUGUGGUCACACACAGACCAGCUUUGGGUCAUCAUUAGCUCAAGAGAGUUUCCAUUUCUUCUUAAGGUGCUCAAUAAAUCACCUUCACUUGAGAUGAUAGUCUUCCCAAGUUCGUAUUGCCAGUAAGCUUUUUUGGUGAAUAUAAAGAUGUUCCGUCUCCAUGAUGUGGAUCUGCUCUGGACCUCUUGUGGUAUAUUUGGAUAAGUUACAUUUUCUUAGUUACAGAGGGACAUGCAUAUUUUAUUUUAAAGUCCCCAGAAAUUUAAACAAUUUGUUUCAUUUUGUUUAAGGUUAGCUGCUUUUCUACCUGACACCGCAGGAUGUCAGGGUUAUUUUAGCCGCCUCUCCCUCCUCGCUAUUGGUCAGUUUUCUUUAAAAUUGGGUGAUGACCAGUAGGUAGACACAGUGACACGUAAUCGACAAGUACUGUGGAUAUUUAAGAAAGAGGUGAACAAUUUUAACUAUUUUUGCUGCAAUUUUAUAGGGGAAAUGGACUAUAAAAGAAAUACCUAUAAACCAGAGAGCUUGUAGGAGAUUGUAUAUUUUAUAGGUGGUAAUUAAGGUGUUCUUCAGGCUAUAAGAUACAAAGUUUAUACAACCUUUGUUUUCCUGAUGAAAAGGUUUUAUUCAUCUUCCUACAGCUUAGCACUUUUGUUGUUCCUUACAUAGCUUUUGAGGAUUGAUGUUUUAGAUUCACUCUGUUUGUGCUUUUCAGACUGUCGUCAUAAUUGUGCGGUUCUUUUUAUGUCAUCAUAAAUGCUGGAAUUCAUGGGAAGCUUAUCAGAUGAUUGCCUGAGUGUUAUUUCCCAUUAAACAGAGUGGAUUCCUCAGUAUCCUAAAAGAAACUGUACCUAGGAUCAUAGUAUUUUAGUUUAGAGGCAAAGAAAAGCAUACUAUCUUACUUGCCUUAACCAACCAUCAAUCCUUGUUGUGCAGAAAAGAGCUUAUUUUGUUAGACUCUUGACUGUUAGCGAGAAAAUUACAUGUAGUUACUUGCCCCCCCCCCGCCCCACCUCCCAGUUGCAGAUGGCUUCCCCUUCUAGGCUCCCCUCUUACUGGUAUUCACGAUGUCAGGGUUGUGUGAGAGCAGACGUGAGGUGUUCCAGAUCAUGCAUAUGGACGUAGAAUUGCUUCGGUUAUUGGAAUUAUGGAUGGCUGUAUUAUUUCGUUAGCGUGGGCUGUCAGAAAUCUGCCAAAUUUAAGAGUAAAAAAGAAAAAGAAAAGUCAAAAUAGAGAGGUGAGGGGAGGAAAACCACUUCCUUACUGGUAUUCGUAAUCUUCCAUCUAGUUUUUGAUCAAAAAGUGCUCAUUUAUUUGUAAAAAUCCAGACGUGGUACCUGAAGCAUAGAAUGUUGUCUUUCCAACACAUUCCUCAUCGUUGUUUCCCCAGAAAAUCGUUUUAAGAGCUUAUCAAAGCAGACUAGGUAUCCAUAUUCAGUUUGACCUAAAUUUUUAAAAUAAACAUUUAAACUCCAGUUUUUGUGUGUUUACUGUGCAUCAGCACUCAUGCAAAUCCGGGAUCAGAAAGAAACUGGGGUUUAGCCAUCUCCGAAUUUCCCUUUGCACAUGGGGUACAGUGGGUUUCAAUAUGCACUUGCUGCAGAGUUUUUGAGCACCUUAUGGGAGUAAGUAGUGUUUAUUUAUUAUAAUUAAAAAGAAAGUUAAAGCUGCAUCUCUGUAGAAUAUUUACUUUGCAGAGUGUAAAGCUGUUGUAUCUUUUCCAGCAGGAUUUACUCUUUCAUUCUUAAUUCUUGGUUGAGAAAAUCUUCAGUGAUUUAACAUUCCUUUAUAUCCUCUUAACAGUGUCAAAUCUGGGGUAGAAGGGAAAUUUUUUCCCAAAAAGGGCUCCAUCUUUGUUACCUUUCUGAUCACUCUUAGAAAUCUAGCUAUGAUCAGUAGAUGGUAACAGCUCAUGGCUUCCUGUAUCAGCACUGGAGAGGUUGGUUGUGAGGAUUAAAAUCUACUCUUUUCCCUCAGUGACAUGUAAUUGCUAUGUUUUUGGUAAGAAGGUCUGGUCAGAAAAAAUGUGAAAGAUCACUCAAAACCAAAGCCAGUUAUAAGGAGUACUGUCUCCUGUUGGUUUACCUUCACCUCAGAACUACAAGAAUAUUACAGUACCUAGUGAAUAGUCUAACAUUUCUACCAGUCUUUUCAGUAGCCUAUUGGUCUUGGCAUUUCUUGGCACUAUGCUCUCUGUUCUUGGUGAUGUCUUCUUGUUUGUGACUUUUUGUUGUUUUUUUUUUUAAAGUAACUAAAUGGGACUAUAAAUGUAGAUGUGUAUCAGUACCAAUAAGUUUUUUUCUGAAAUCCCUGAAUUCCCGAUUCCUAUUCAAGUCUUUUAAACUUGUUAUUUUCUUGCUAAGUAGCAAAGAACUUUUAUUUUUCACUUUCCUAUAUACCUAAGUAUACCUAAAAAGUACGGACACUGCGUUUCAAUGGACUGUAUUGCGUGUAGUUUUUUGCUGAAAACUUUUUCUGUAAACACAAUGGCCUUGUUCAGUUUUGUUGUAAACUGACUUACCAUAAGAUGCACUGUUGAUAUGCUUUCUGAUGUGUGUUUCAUAAGGGUGAUAAAAUAAAGCUUAAAAAUAAA